GUUCUGAACGAAAGUAUUAAUACCCACUACCUGGAGUAAACACCUAUUCAGACCAUAGUUGGGCGGCCAUUACCGAAGAUGACUUCUGGAUUUUUCAAGCUUGGCAUCCUCGCGAUCGCUUUAUCGUGCCUGUGCGUCGUCGCUGACGGAGCAAGGAUCCUGGGUGUUUUUCCAAUGCCUGCUAAGAGCCACAUGUCAAUAGGUUCAGCUUUAAUGAAGGAAUUGGCUCGUAGAGGACAUCAGGUCACAGUUUUUAGCCCAUUUCCAGAGAAAUCCAAAAUCGAAAAUUUUACCGACAUCGAGUUUAAAUUAACAUAUCCUGAGUUGUUGCGAUAUUCUCGCUCACGCAAAAUGUACGAUAUUGACGAUAUGUGGCACUUUGAAAAAGUUAAUUUUUUCUGGAAUUUGGGCAUCACGGUUUGCGACAUUUUAUUCCAAGAUAAAGCCCUGCAGAAUAUUCUGUACGCCAAUAAUGAAAAGUUUGAUAUACUCAUUACUGGCGCCUUUAUCCAUGACUGCGUGCUGGGAAUCGGUUAUAAAUUAAACAUAUCAGUAGUUAAAGUCUGCCCAUUUGUGGGAACUAAAUGGAUGGACGAAUGGGCUGGAAAUCCAACUCCUUAUGCAUAUGUACCCGAUAUUUUUCAAGAUAUGGGGGAAAGAAUGACAAUUUGGCAGCGAAUCCGCAAUACUCUUGGAGAAAUAUACAUAAAGCUAGGAAGAAUGUUUUAUGCUAUACCGCAGCAAGACGCAAUCUUGAGAAAAUAUUUGAAGACGAGCAACAUACCAUCCCUUUGGGAGAUGCAGAAAUCAAUAGUAUUGACUCUGAUUAAUCACCAUUUCAGCAUAGGUUAUUCUAGACCUCUCAUGCCCAAUAUUGUGGAGAUUGGAGGGAUACAUAUAAGGCCUCCAAGGAAAUUAAAUUCUGACCUUCAAAAAUUCAUUGACGAAUCACCGCAUGGUGUGAUUUACUUCAGCAUGGGAUCUAAUUUGCGUAGCUCUGACUUCAAGAGCGAAACUCUGACGGCAUUUCUGGAAGCUUUCUCUAAACUAAAGGAACGAGUGUUGUGGAAAUGGGAGACAGACUCGUUGCCAGGACAACCGAGUAAUGUGAAACUGGGGAAGUGGAUGCCUCAGUCAGAUGUUCUGGCGCACCCGAACGUAAAGCUGUUCAUGUCUCAAGGCGGAUUGCUGAGUACUCAGGAGUCAAUCCAUCGAGGUGUGCCGAUUAUUGGGAUCCCAAUAUAUGGCGAUCAGCGUUAUAACUUGGCCAAAAUCGUGACUUCGGGUAUUGGGGUGCGAUUGGAUUUGGCAAAUAUCACAACAGAAUCUGUGACUUGGGCAAUGAAUGAAGUGUUGAACAAUUCAAGGUACCGCGAAAACGUUCAGCGUAUGUCCCGAACCUUCAAGGAUCAGCCACUCACUCCACUGGAUCAGGCCGUGUUCUGGACGGAGUACGUGAUCAGGCACAAGGGAGCGCCUCACAUGCGCUCAGCUGCACUCGACCUCGCCUGGUACCAGUACUUCCUGCUAGAUGUCAUCGCUGUGUUGACACUAGUAACCGUCAGUGUUCUGAUAAUUGUAUUCCUAAUUCUGCGUGCUGCCUUUAAAAUAGUGUUUGACACUUUCCCAGGAAAAUCUAUGCAUUUCUCCAAAAAGAAUGGCUCGCGUCAGUUCGCUGAAGCCCUAGCUCGCGUGUGGACAUUCUUCACUUCUUGGUGUUCUGAGGUGUUACGAGUUAUGUCUUCGGCACUUUUCCUUGUGGUUUUCGUCUUGUAUGGCGCUCACGGAGCAAGGAUCUUAGGGCUAUUUCCUCUUCCUGGAAGGAGUCACUUCAUAUUCUCUGAAAGCUUAGUUAAGGAGCUGGCCAAUAGAGGGCACCAAGUGACAGUGCUCAGCCCGUUUCCACAGAAGUCACCCGUUCCUAACUAUACUGAUAUUCAUACCGGAAGAACACGAGAUGACUUAUUUCAACAAACAGGCGCUACAAACUCAUUUGAUUUGCCAAAAUUGAGCUACUUUUCAGUGGUGAUGAUGCUAUGGGGAUUGGGCGAAAUACUCUGCGACAAAGUUCUGCAGGAGAAGGAAGUUCAGGAUCUCAUAAACUCCAACGAUCAACAGUUUGACCUAAUUAUUGUUGAGGCAUUCGUCAACGACUGUUUCUUAGGAUUUGCCCACAAGUUCAAAGCUCCUAUAGUUCAAGUAGUUUCAUUUGGUGGCGCUUCAUGGAUGGGGGACUGGGUCGGAAAUCCAAAUCCUUAUUCUUAUGUGCCAGAUCCUUUCCAGAAUUUCUCUGAUCAGAUGGAUUUCUGGGAACGGAUUCUCAACACUCUGGGUAACACAUUCCAGAAAGUCUCGCGACUCUUGUAUUACUUACCGAAACAGCAAGCUGUGUUGGAGAAGUACUUCAGUAACUACGCCCCCUUGCCUUCCAUAUCUGAUCUCGAUUCUUCCACAUCGCUUAUCCUCGUAAAUCAUCACUUCAGUAUAAGUUACCCUAGGCCUCUCAUGCCUAACAUUGUUCAAGUUGGAGGAAUGCAUGUGAAGCCAGCGAAGAAAUUGCCAGAUGAUUUACAAAAAUUUAUUGACGAAUCACCUGAAGGAGUGAUCUACUUCAGUAUGGGCUCAAGUUUCUACAGCUCUGAAAUGCCAGAGAUUAAAAUAAAAGCCUUCGCAGAGGCAUUUUCCGAACUGAAGCAGAGAAUUCUGUGGAAAUGGGAGACAGACUCUUUGCCAGGGAAACCGCAGAAUGUAAAAAUUGGAAAAUGGUUUCCACAAGUAGACAUUCUCGCACAUCCAAAUGUUCGAUUAUUUAUCACUCACGGCGGGUUGCUGAGCACGCAGGAAACAAUUUACUGUGGUGUUCCCGUUCUGGGGAUUCCCUUGAUGGCUGACCAGCAUCUUAAUAUGGCCAGAACAGUUUCAGCAGGUUAUGGAAUUCAGUUCGACUUUGCAAACAUUACCAAGGAGUCCUUGAAAUGGGCGUUGAAAGAAAUUCUAGAUAAUUCCAGGUACCGCGAGAACGCCCAGCGUCUGUCCAGAAUCUACCGGGACCAGCCACUCACACCACUGGAGCAAGCCGUGUUCUGGACGGAGUACGUGAUCAGGCACAAGGGAGCGCCUCACAUGCGCUCAGCUGCACUCGACCUCGCCUGGUACCAGUACUUCCUGCUAGAUGUCAUCGCUGUUUUAGCAUUAGUUGUAGGAAUUUUUGCUUUCGUAAUAUUCCUGGUGCUUAAGAUCGUGCUAAGAAAAUUGUUUGGUGGGAAAAGAAGUCUGAAAAAAGUUGAUGUGAUCCAGAAGAAACGUGUUUAACUAAAAGUGUUAUGAUCGACACGAAUGACUGCGGGUGAGUUUUGGACGUGUCUGUCUAUUAAAUGUAAUACAGGCUUCAAAAUAUUGGAUGAUAACGCAUGAUAUUAGCAGCACAAGAACGGGUUUAGAUUAUGAAGUUAUUAAACUAUUAAAGGUACAGGUGCUAUUGUAUUUAAAUUGUAAUGAAAACCACAUUCCAUUACUCUGUUAGUGUUGUUAGAUUUAUAAAGUUAAUUAUUACACUGUUA